AUGGUAAUCAAACAGCAAGAGCGCUAUAAAACCUGCAGGAUUAGAGAGCCUGACUUUAACGGCACUUACCAGCUGUAAUGUAUCUUACAUGAUCACAGAGUCAGCAGAGCAUUAAUAACUCAAUAGCCAGAGUUGUAUGACUCUAUCUUGUAUAGCUGGUAGUUUGUUCAGCCGUCACGCUUUGAGUUGAGUCCAGGAGAAAUCUCUUGAUUGUUCUCAAAGCUACGAGUGUGUUUGUGAAGUGAACUGUGUGGAAAUAAGGAUGGCGGUGUCUAAGUCUACAGUAGCGAUCGUUUGUAUAGUUUUGGGAGGUUUGGCUGUUUUAUUCGGGACUGUGUUGGUGUUUGUCGGACCUGUUAUUAUAGACGAUCAAAUAGUGAAGAAUGUAGAGAUUAACCCAGACAAUGGACUCUCCUACUCCAUGUGGAAGGACAUCCCGGUUCCCUUCUUUAUGUCUGUAUAUUUCUUUCAUAUUGUCAAUCCUGAUGAAAUCCUAAAAGGAGAAAAGCCCACGGUGGUACAGAGGGGGCCGUAUGUGUACCGUGAAAAACGCUGGAAGGACAACAUCACAUUCCAUGACAACCACACGGUCUCGUAUAAAGAAUUUCGUCAGUAUUUCUUUGAGGAGAGCAUGUCUGUGGGAAAUGAAUCUGAUGUGGUCACCAUCCCUAACAUGCUAGUGCUGGGAGCAUCAGUAAUGAUGGAGAACAUGCCCUUUCCUGUACGCUUGCUGCUCAGCUCCUCGUUCAAGUCGUUUAACGAGGGACCUUACUUGACAAAACCAGUUGGAGAGCUCAUGUGGGGUUAUGACAGCCAGUUGGUGGACUUCCUGAACAAAUACUUCCCUGGAAUGCUGCCAACCAGAGGGAAGUUUGGCUUAUUUGCUGAGUUUAACAACUCCAACACUGGACAGUUCACUGUCUUCACUGGGCAGGACAACAUCCGGAAAGUUCAUAUGGUUGACUCUUGGAACGGCCUGAAAAGGGUGGAUUACUGGAGGUCUGAACAGUGUAACAUGAUCAAUGGUACAGCGGGUCAAAUGUGGCCUCCGUUCAUGACCAAAGAGUCGACGAUGCCCUUCUACAGCCCUGAUGCGUGCAGGUCCAUGGAGCUGGUGUACCAAAGGCCAGGCGUGUCUCGUGGGAUUCCCGUGUACCGCUUCGUGGCACCGAAGACUCUUUUUGCCAACGGUGCAGAUUAUCCUCCCAAUGAGGGCUUCUGUCCCUGUCGCCAGUCUGGUCUUCUCAGCGUCCGCAGCUGCAGACACAAUUCCCCUGUGUUCAUCUCUCAUCCGCACUUUUUUGAGGGCGAUCCCGUCCUUUUGGACACAGUCAAUGGAUUGAGGCCAAAUGAAGAUGAACAUGGGCUUUUCAUCGAUAUCCACCCGGAGACCGGAGUGCCAAUGAACGUUUCCAUUCGGCUGCAGCUCAACCUGCUCAUCAAGAGCGUGUCUGGCAUCUCAGAAACCGGAAAGAUAGCUGAAGUGGUGAUGCCCAUGAUCUGGUUUGAAGAGAGUGGCUACAUUGAUGGUCCCGUCCUCAACACGUUCCGCACCAAUCUGGUGGUGCUGCCCAUGGUCAUGGAGUACAUGCAGUACAUCUUCAUCGCUCUCGGACUCGCAGGCAUUUUGGGAGCCGUGAUGUUAUACGUCAAUGACAAGGAAAGCGUAAAAGGUACAAAACGCGACCCGACCAAUGAGACGCAGGCUGAAAAAUAUAGCAUGAACGACACAGGUAAAAUCUAGGUUGGAUGAUCACCCCAGCGCAGAUGUGAACCCGUCCAGCUCAGCCACUGAAAAGACCCCAUUACUACGGACCCCAGAAAGCUAAAGUCACUAGCCACAUCACAGCUUGCUUUUACAAUGAACUCUCAAUCCCACAAUCCACUGGACAACAAAAGUAAUUCUAUUGAAUGCUGGGAUUGAAUGAAUGAACUGGUUUAAAUACAGCCCAUUUUCUGUGAUGAAGGCAUUUGAUGUAGAGCAAGGGCGUUCACUUGUGUGUCUUUUACCCAUUGGUUGGGUCUAAAGUGCUGUAUGAGGUCAAUACAAAAUUUGUAAAGGUUAUUUUUUUGACACUUGAAAUACUUGACAAAAUGUAGACAUUCAAAUGGUGCUUUCAUGGUUCACUCCAAACCCUGCUUUCUCAGAGAAGGAAAAAUAAAACACUAUUUGAAGAGAUUUAACCUUUUUAUGUUGUAACCUUUAUCCUGUAAGGACAUGCCAUGAACACUUUAUGAUAACAAUGUACCAUUGAGUGAAAUAUCCUCUGAAAGCUGAAAAACGUUUCUCCAUACGCUGAAAACGUUUCCUGUAAUUGGUCUCUAAAUGCACUUGUAUGUAGUGGAGGUAAAACAUUCCUAAAUGUG